GUCAGUUGUGAGGAGCACACGACAGAAGCGGAUCAACACUGAACAACCAGCGGCUUGUUUUUCAGGCCCAGCCGCAGCGUCACCAUGACUAAAGAGGAGAACCUGGAGGUGCAGGAGAAGGAGAGGCACGACCGGGAGGAGCAGGAGGAGGGGAGGUUCCAGAAAGAGGAGGAGGAGGAGGCUCAAACCGAAGAGGAGGAGGAGGAGGAAGAGGAGGACGGAGACGGCGAGGAGGAGUACGGGAAGCAGGGGGAGCGUGCAGCGGUGGACGAGGAGGAGGAUGGCGAGCAGGAGGAGGAGCAGGAGGACAGAGAGGAGAGGGAGCAAGAGGAGGUUCCACCGGCCAAUCAGGAGCAGGAGGCGGAGCCAGAGCCCGAGCUGCUGUCCGUGUCCGAGUACCAGAGUCCGGUUCACGAGCCGCGGCGCCGAGCCAUGGUGCACGCCUCCGCUCAGGCGCCGCUGCCCCCAGACUACACCUUCACCUUCUUCGACCCCAACGACCCGGCCUGCUAUGAGAUCCUCAUGGAUCCUCAGACCACCGUCCCGGAGCUGUUUGCCAUCGUGCGUCAGUGGGUUCCUCAGGUGCAGCACAAGAUCGACAUCAUCGGCAACGAGAUCCUGAAGCGUGGUUGUCAUGUCAACGACCGCGACGGUUUGACCGACAUGACGCUGCUUCACUACAGCUGUAAGGCCGGAGCACACGGAGUUGGCGACCCGGCGGCGGCGCUGCGUCUCACCAGUCAGCUGAUCUCUCUGGGCGCCGACGUGAGUCUGAGGAGUCGCUGGACCAACAUGAACGCGCUUCACUACGCUGCUUACUUCGACGUCCCAGAGCUGAUCCGGGUCCUGCUCAAAUCCGCCAAACCCAGAGUGAUGAACUCCACGUGCAGUGACUUCCAGUACGGGACGGCUCUCCACAUCGCCGCCUCCAACCUCUGCCUGGGAGCAGUGAAGUGUCUGCUGGAGCACGGAGCCACGCCCACUGUCCGGAACGAUAAAGGCCAGGUUCCAGCCGACGUGGUGCCCGACCCGAUGGACAUGAGCCUGGACAAGGCCGAGGCCGCCAUGGUGGCCAAGGAGCUGAGCCAGCUGCUGCUGGACGCCGUGCCGCUGAGCUGCAACCUGCCCCGGGCCACGCUGCCCAACUACGACAACAUCCCGGGGAACCUGAUGCUGUCGUCCAUCGGGCUGAAGCUGGGCGAGCGCGUGGUGCUGGAGGACAUGAAGCUCCAGAGAGACCAGAGCAGAGACGCCGUCCCGGCUGCAGACGUCAGACAGACCGGGACGCUGAGGUUCUGUGGUACGACCGAGUUCGCCAGCGGUCAGUGGGUCGGCGUGGAGCUGGACGAGCCCGAGGGGAAGAACGACGGCAGCGUGGGCGGCGUGCGCUACUUCAUCUGCCCCCCCAAGCUAGGGAUCUUUGCGCCGGUGUCAAAGAUCUCCAAGGCCGUGGUGGAGCCGAUGCUUUCCUCCGUCACCUCCACCCCCCGCACCCCCCGCAUGGACCUGGCCGGGCGCCUGGCCGGGAGGAGCAGGAAGGAGAAGAAGGAGAAGGAGAAGGAGAAGGAGAGAGUGAAAGCCCAGAGGAAGAAGGCGUCGGUGGCGAGUCUGGAUCCCGAGGGUCUGAACGUGGAGGUCGGGGAUCAGGUUCUCGUGGCCGGACAGAAACACGGCAUCGUUCGCUUCUACGGGAAAACCGACUUCGCUCCAGGUUACUGGUUCGGCGUGGAGUUGGAUCAGCCCACAGGGAAACACGACGGCUCGGUGUUCGGAGUCCGCUACUACAGCUGCCUGCCCAAAUAUGGCGUGUUUGCUCCGCCCUCUCGUGUCCAGAGAAUCGGAGGUCCUAAAGACGGGUCGCACAACGACGGCUCGCUGGUGAAGAAGGUCCACCAGGUCACCAUGUCGCAGCCGAAGCGUAACUUCAACACGAUGCGUUCUCCUAAAGACUUGACCUCUGAAAGCUCCAUAUCCAGGUUGCUGUUCUGCUGUUGGUUUCCGUGGAUGCUGCGUGCUGAGAUGCAGUCCUAA